AUGAAUAAUAAUAAUAAAUCGAAAUUAAAUGUUGAUUUAUCAACGUCAAAAUUAGAUGAUAAAACUAAUGAUAGUGAUAGUGAAAGUGAGUUAAAUGAACCAAAUCCAUAUAAUGUGAAACAAGAAAUUGAUACAAGUGAAUUAAAAUUAAUUCCACGAAUGUGGUAUUUUAUGAAAUUCUCUGCAAGGAAAACUUAUUCUGUAUGUUGUACAGCUGGAGACAAGAUAGCUUGGUUUUUCGGUAUUACAAAACCAAAAUAUCAUGCAGAAAUUCAACAUUAUGAACGUAUGAAUGCAGAAGAACAAAAAGCCUGGAGAGAAGCAUUUCAAGAUAUUGAACAUACUAAUCAUAUAUUAGAUUCGAUCAGAUAA